CCUUGAUGGUUGUUGGGCUUUUGACGGUACUCUAGUCUUGCGAGUUUCAAGGCCUCUUUUCUCUGCUUCCUUGUACCUGUUCUAAACUCUAGACAGGGAAGACGCAAGUUUCAGGCUGGAUUUAGAAGAGUUUGAGGCUCUCAUUAUACUUCAUGCUUGACUGAUUGAUUGGAUUGUUUGAGGCGAGUACGAGCCAGUCGAGCUAAUCAUCAGAGCUUGGCUUUGUCGCUAAAGGGAAAGCAUGAACGUUUUUCCAGUACCAUUUCGCAGAGAAUGAGGGUCUACUGUGGUUCCUGUCCAACGCUCAUCAAGGGCCUCAUAGUACACAGGCGAGCCAAUCACAGAGAUUGGAAGAGCGAGGAAGAAAGACGCAAGAUUUCUUCUAUUCAUUCAUCCCGUGGCUGGUCUUAAAGUUGAGCAUGUGGAGACGAUGCGCAAUCUCGAAGCGCUGUUUUGGAAUGGAUUCUGUCCGAACCAAGCUGCUGCUGCUGCUGCUGCUUGGAAUUCAAGGCAAAGGAGCUCUUGGAGCCCCUGAGCACGAUUUGGUGACCAAUCUUCCAGGACAGCCGGCUGUUCCAUUCAAGCAAUACGCUGGCUAUGUGACUGUGGACAGUCAUGCAGGGCGAGCACUGUUUUACUACUUCGUGGAGGCUCACAGCCACGCGAGCUCCAAGCCUCUGGCAUUGUGGCUCAAUGGAGGACCGGGAUGCUCCUCUAUCGGCGGCGGCGCGUUCACCGAGCUUGGCCCGUUUUAUCCGAAUGGAACAGGGAGAGGCCUUGUUAAAAACUCCAAUUCCUGGAACAAAGCUGCGAACAUCUUGUUCCUGGAAUCACCCGCUGGUGUCGGCUGGUCAUACUCAAACAGGAGCGAAGAUUAUAGCAUCUACAACGACGCAAAAACAGCUAAAGACUCGGUUACCUUCUUGCUUCGCUGGUUUGACGCAUUCCCGGAGUAUAAAAGCCGGGAAUUCUACAUCACUGGAGAAAGCUAUGCAGGGCAUUAUGUACCCCAGCUGGCCGCUGCAUUGCUCGAUUACAAUAAAGCUGCUGGACACUCAGUUUUCAACGUUAAAGGAAUCGCAAUCGGCAACCCAGCUUUGAACCUAGCAAUCGACACAGCCUCCACUUAUGAUUUCCUGUGGUCCCAUGGCCUCAUCUCGGACAAGACGUACGAGGGCCUUGGAAGAAGCUGCUACUGGAGUGAUUACGAUCACGGCUCUGGGAAUAACAACGUCUCCGCCGAAUGCAACCAGUUCAUAUCCAACUCGGCACUAGAGAUGGGAGAUCACGUCAACCCGUACGACAUAAUCCUGGACGUGUGCGUCCCUUCCAUUGUGGAGCAAGAGUUUCGACUAAAGAAGCGAAUGGGCCACCGGAGCAUUGGAGUCGACGUGUGUAUGUCCUACGAGCGAUACUACUACUUCAACUUGCCCGAGGUUCAAAAGGCUCUUCACGCAAACACGACCGGGCUUCCGUAUCCUUGGACGAACUGUGACGGGCCUGUUCAAUACGACAUAAACGACAUGAGAUUAGACAUCGUGCCAGUUCUUCGAGAUCUUCUCAAGAAUGGUCUUCGAGUUUGGGUUUUCAGCGGUGAUGAGGACGCCGUGGUUCCGUUUCUUGGCACACGAGUUAACGUCAAUAGCCUUGCGCAGGAGCUCAAGCUACGCACAACUGCGUCUUACAAAGCUUGGUUUUUGCGCACACAGGUUGGAGGAUGGGCAGAGUCGUUUGGAAACCUCACGUUUGCUACGGUCCGCGGUGCUGCUCAUAUGGUUCCACUCGCACAGCCAGCCAGGGCCUUACUCUUGUUCCAGAAGUUCAUCUCUGGACAGCCUUUGCCAGCUUCUCCUUACUCAUGACCAAACUUUUGGGAAACGAAUUCCAGAUUAUUUGGGCAACAAAGACACAUAGUUGAGCAGCAA